UGAACCACAAGUCGGCACCACGCUUUUGCAAAUGGCUGCCGUAUGACGGAUUGCGAUUGCCGUCAAAAUGCAUACGCGACAUUUUAAAUGCUUGCCGAUCCUAUAAUUUGUGGUCUUUCAUGUUCACAAACUCAAAUUAAUUGAAUACAAGCCGGCAUCGCAACCCAGUAUUAAUUAUACACUCUAGUCUUUAUAGUUUCUAAACAGUUGUACUUAAAUUAUAAAAAAUAAAUAUUAUAUAUAUAUAUUAAAAUUUAAUCUGUGAUAUUUACAUGGGACUUGGCCAAAGAUAUUAAUAUGUUGAUUCACUGAACUGAAUUAAGAUGGCGUUACCACCGCAGCAGUUUUGUGUCAGAUGGAACUCUUAUCAUACAAAUUUACAGGCGGUGUUCCCUCGUCUCCUGCUCACCCAGCAGUUCGCGGACGUGACCCUGGCCUGCGAGUCCCGGCAGCUGAGGUGCCACAAGCUGGUGCUGUCGGCAUGCUCGCCGUACCUGGAGCGGUUGCUGCUGCAGAACCCGUGUGAGCAUCCUAUAGUGCUGCUCAGGGACAUGAGGUUCAGUGAAAUGCAAGCCCUUGUGGACUUUAUGUACAAGGGCGAAGUAAAUGUCACCCAAGAGGAGUUGCCCAGCUUGCUGAAGUCAGCUGAGGCGUUACAGAUCAGGGGACUCUGUUCGAGCGACACGUCUUUCGCUUCGGACUGCAAGACUGACUCCAAAGACUUCACGGUCGCGAGCGAGGCGCUAGUUGCGCACGCGCAGAGCGCUAACGGUCAAAAGCAACAGCCGGCCGAGAAGCCGUCGAACACAACGAACGGCCCCAAGAAACGCAAGUCUGAAGAGAGGAGCGAGGUGAAACAGGAGACCGUAGAAGAGGACGGACUGUACUAUGGCGAACUGGAGAAUGACAAUAUGGAGUAUAAUGAGGAUGAGGAAUCCGGAAAACCUGGUAGCAGUUUAGGACAGACUUCCGAAUCAGCCGAGUUGGCGCUAGCAAACGUUCAAUGCCAGUACGACAGCCCAUCGGACGCCGAGGAGGAGCGCCCGCCGGCGUCCGACCAGAGCUGCCGGCCGGCGGGCGACCACACCUACGACCUGCGGGACGAGCCGCCCGCGUUCAUCAUCCACCAUGUCGCUGCUCCACCUCAAACCACCCAGGCGUCAGUGGUGUCCCCGCAGACGCCAUUCCUGGAGGUGACCCCGAAGAUCAUGACCCUGGGACCGGGUUACGUCCCGUCCGUCAACGUUAUACAUGUUGGGGAGAGGCCACACGUAACCCAGUCCACUCAGCAGGAAUACAACAUCAACAAACGCAUCAGACGAAGCGAAGUCCUGUUAAAGCAAGCGGCUGACUGCGUUAGCCAAGGUCUGACUUUUCAAACAGUCUCUGAGCAGUUCAACAUACCCAUUUCUACCAUACGGUUCUUCAUGGCUCGCAAGGGCAUCUUACCACAGCGGAGACGUGGGCGCAGUACACAGCUGAAGCCGUGCAGCAGCCCGGAGCCCCCGUUCCAUAUGCAGCACUUCAAGCUGCCCGACAUGAUAGCUUUACAAGAGGAAGGCGACAAGGAAACCACAUCUUAAUUCUUAUGCCACAUUGUUCACGGUAAAAUAAAAAAAUGUCUAUGGAAACACGUUUACUAGCGACAUCUAUACGCAGGACCGUUAUGAAAAUGUGUUUAUGCUGUUUCAUUCAAUAUUUUUUCAAAAUAACGAAAGAAAUUGUGUUUCGAUUUAAAUUAUAUUCUCUAUCGAAAUCCACACGGCUUAAAACCACGAAUUUAGAUAGAUGGGCUUAAAUUAUCUGUAGACAUCAGGAUGUUCAUAUAGGUUUUAGAAUCUCGUUGUAUAGGUACUAUAGUUGUUAGUAUGAUGUAUUUACAUAGAAAUUGUUUAGUGAAAUUAAAAAUGUUCUGCAAGAAAAAAGAACAGUUUGGUACAGAAUUGUCUGAAGAAAUUGUGGCGCCAUCUAUUGCUGACGGUCUAAAAAUAAAAUUAUAAAUACAACUAAAAAAAAUUCUCUGACUAGGUAAAUACUUAAAAAAAAUUGUACUUAAUUUUUGCAGAUAACAUCAGAAACAAAACGAUGUAAGCAAAAGAUACAUUCAUAGGUAUGGUGUCUUUGUUUAGAAAUCAAGUAAAAAAAAGACAACGUGAGAUAAUAAGAUUUUGCUUAAAAUACGGGCUUUAAAAUACAUGUCCCAUGGAAGUGUUAUAACAACUUGUAAAUAAUUUAAUCUGUCAUGGUAAUAUAUUGAAUGUACCGUGGGAUCACAUAGAAAAUUAUAUUAAACCUUAGUUAACAGAAAAGUAUUUUAGCCUCCAUAAGUACUGGUUUGGUGACGGAUAAAAAAUCACUUUGUGGCAGUUGAUUAUCUUCCCGCGCACAUUUAAAAAAAU